GGCCAGCAUAGCCUCCCCUUCGCCGAUGAGCACCGAUCGCAACCACACCCAACCCUCACCCCCCACCACCGGGAUACGAAGGCGCCGCGACGCACGCGUCUCGACGGCACCGGCGUCCGCCCUCCGACGUCCGUCCGUCAGACACAGUCAGGCAUUCCGCUCUUGCACCUUAACGAAGACAGUCGGCUAGAGAGCGGCGCACUAUCCACAGCCAAAAGCGGCGCACCAGCCACAGUCAUCGUCGGCCUGUCAACGACCUGCUUGCCGAUAUACCUUGGAGACCCGAGGGAAGAAUGAGAUACAGGAAGGAGAACGGUAUACUAGGAUCAUCCAACAAGCUAGAACUUACUCAUUCUGGACAUGGCUGGAGUACUCUGGAACGCUGACGUUUCGACAUCGGGGCUGCUUGAAUGUAAACCCCCUGUACGUAUACUGAAUGUAUCCUGAGUGUUUUCUGUCCGGUAUACCUUCAGUAUACGUAACAGGAGGCCACAUUUCGACGGGACCAUCUUCUGGGCUGCAUCUAUUAUUUCCUAUUGUAAUAAUUCCAUAAAACACACUUCUUGUAAUAUUUACCGUACUGUACAUAUUAUGUAUUUGUGAAAAAAAAAUGUUACUUUGUUGAUGGUUCAUUACUCUAAUAAAUAUUGAACAG